UGCUGACGUGAGCUGAACAAUCGAGAGGGAGGCUACCUGCUAGAAACCAACACAACAAGAUGGAGGUGGACCAGCUCCUGUCUCUGUCCGGCUCAGCACUGGCCCAGGCUGUCAGCUCUCUGCUGGAAACCCCAGGCCUCUAUGUCUUCUCUGACAUCCUGGAGCUGCCUAAUGUCAGAGAGCUGGAGAAUGGCCCCCAUGCACCAGUGUACCAGCUCCUGAACCUCUUUGCCUAUGGAACCUACUGCGACUACAAAGAGAGAGCAGCCUCUCUUCCAGAGCUGACCCCCGCACAGAGAAACAAACUCCGCCAUCUGUCGAUCAUCAGCUUGGCUUCCAACCUCAAGUGCCUGCCAUACUCGCUCCUCCUGCAGCAGCUGGAGCUGAAGAAUGUGCGGGAGCUGGAGGACCUGCUGAUUGAGGCCGUUUACUGUGACAUCAUCCAGGGUAAACUGGACCAGAGGAACCAGCAGGUGGAGGUAGACUGCAGCGUGGGUCGUGACCUUGGCCCCAACGAGCUCCCAAACAUAAUCAACACGCUGCAGGAGUGGUGUACAGGGUGUGAGGCGGUGUUGUGUGGUAUUGAGGAGCAGGUCUCGAGGGCCAACCAAUAUAGAGAGAGCCAGCUUAAGGUCAAAGUCCAAGUGGAAACAGAGGUUUCAAACCUACAGAAAACGUUAAAGGCCAGCGCCGCCUCUCCAUCGUCAGGCCCCGCCCCAGCUGGAGCCGCCUCUAAUCAGGACGCAGACCAGCCUGCCGAGCCGCGAGACCCUGCCUCUUCUCAGGAACCUCGACAACCAGGCAAAAAAAGUUCAAAGGUGAAAGGGCUCCGCGGCAGCGGGAAAAUCUGGUCCAAGUCCAACUGAAGACGAGAUAGACAGCUGCGCUGAUGGACACUCUCACUGAUGAAUGGACACGUGGACAUGUUAACAGACAAAUGGGUACAUCAGACAAUGUGGCCGAUGCUCACGGACACCACUUAAAAACCAGGACGCUUCAUGGGAAUUUUUCUUGACACCUUAUCUCACCUUGACGGAUUCAGAAACACACACUGGCUGAUGCAUAUGACAGGUGCGACAUCCACUCUUGCAGUUGUUAAUAGCCUAUCAGGCGGACUCUAAGUGUAUAUACACACACAUAGCGCUUGUAACACAUGAAUACAGAACAGUCUGCGGCAGGAGUCAGUUGCCUUUGACCAGAAACAGGAUUAGUGUAUUUGACGCGUAUGUGUGUGUAUCUCUAUUGGUUUGAAAAAAUGUUCUUUUGGUUAAGGUUAAUUCUAUGUUGCUUUGUAUUUUCUUCUCUCUGCUGAGUUGAGACGUGUUAA